CAUGGAAGAACCUAAUCUCAUAAGCUCGAAAGUCGAGCAAAUAAUCGUAGCAUCCAAAAAUCCCAUCAAGAUCUCAGCAACUCUCAAAGGUUUCCAAGCCAUGUUCCCAACCAACACCUACACCGCCAAAGGCAUCAGUGUCCCCUCAGGCGUCGCCGACCAACCCUUCACCAGCCAAGAAACCCUCCAAGGCGCACUCAAUCGUGCUCAAAACGCGCGGGAACAAGAACCAGAGGCCGAUUACUGGAUUGGACUCGAGGGUGGAGUCGAAGACACGCCUGAGAAGACAGCGGGAUCGCUGGAGCUGUUUGCCUGGAUCGCGGUCAUUGGGAAGGGAGGAAAGAUUGGAAAGGCGAGAACGGGAUCGUAUUAUUUGCCUGAGGAGAUAGCGAGGUUGGUGAGAGGUGGGAUGGAGUUAGGACCUGCGGAUGAUUUGGUUUUUGGGCAGACGAAUUCGAAGCAGGGGGAUGGGAAUGUGGGGUUGUUGACUGGAAAUGCUGUAUCUAGGGAGACGGCUUAUGUUCCUGCUGUUGUGAUGGCUUUGAUUCCGUUUAGGAACCAUACUCUCACUUUCUGAUGGGUUUGGAGAAGUCAGCCCUUAGUGAAUACCAGUGUGGUAUAGCGUCGUCUUGAGUGGUGAUUCAAGAAUCUUCUUGGAUUAUUGGUGUUGAUUCACAGCGUCCUAGUUGACUGGCUUGGAUAGACCUCAAGUCUUUGCAUAUAACUCCCCUGGACCAUGUCGAGUACUAAGUUCGACAUCUACACCCAUAUCGCACUUCCACAAUCAUGGACACUUCCAAAAUCCAUACACCUGGUCCUGUCGCUAAAGAUGAAUUCCAGAUCAGUGGUCUCAAGCCGCUUCAUACAAUAUCCAGGCCAUCUCAGAUGCGAUCGUCGAGUUCCUCACACCUCUGUAUCGUUCAGCCCCCAAGAGUACUUGCUCUCCUCAGAACAGCACACCAAGGUUCCACUUGAUCGAGACGAGACAAGGCCAUUCAGCGUUUUCGCAAUCGAGAUUCAUGGCAUCGAGGUGUUUUGAGUGAGGAUCCCGACGAGCAGCUAGAAGAUCUCAAUAAGUUUUUCAAUAUCUUUAACGACGUUUUCUUCAACGGACUGCUCACUGAGAUAUGUAAAGUUGAGAUCGUCUCGCAAUUCAUCAUGCAGUGACGUCUCCGUGGACCCAGUGCAGGAUGUUGCUUCACGACCGUUCCAGGCACGAAGAAUGGGAGAUUUGCGGGACCGACAGAAAGGAACUGCUCAAGGAAAAUCUCGAGACUUUGCUGCUGUUGAACGGUACACGGGAGUAGACCUUGAAAAGGGGUAAGUAAAUGAUUGAUUGCC